GGUUGUGAUAUAACUGGACAGCGUCUCGAUCAUCAUUCUGCUCGGCCUAUUACUGACUACCGACACUUGAAUCGACACAUUGGUCUUCAGCGUCACUCUCUUUUGGAAGACCCCGCAUCAUCUGGUUUCUGUCCUGCUGGCCUUAACUCCAACGGCAAUUCACGCCGCAUGAAUCCACUUCGGCUUGAUUCCUCGCCUUAUCCGGCCAUUCCUUACCAUGCACUAGCUAGCUAUGUGGCCACAUAUCAUGCUGAUGAUGACGCGGGCUAUCAGGCCGAAUUUGAGGUGCUAUUUUGUACUUAA